CAUGAAGUAGAUUUCCUGCAGGUCUUUGUAGUUGAACGUGCCGCUCCGGAUGUCCUCGAUGAGGCCUCUUCGCGGGGAAAAAAAAGUGGGGAAGUUAGGAAGUGAAAAUAAGGGGCGAAGGAGCGAAGGAACGAAGGAGCGAAGGAACGAAGGAGCGAAAGAACGUCACAUGAGGAGUCCACACUGUGUGAUGCUACGAAUUGCUCGUUUCCCCUUUUUUCCCUCCAACGGCGGAAAUGCUCUAAACCGCGAGGGGCACACAAAAUGUGGGGCCCAUUUCGCGGGCACGCACAACCACGGGAGAUAAAACUGAGCCAUAUUUCGGCGGGCGUGUGGCUGCUUCAUUCCUUCUCCCCUUUGUUGCCUUUCCCCCCCCGUCGGGUGUACUUACAAGGCCUGUGAAACCUCCUUCGACUUUGACUUGAUCCGGGAAUCCCCAUCCCCCCCAGUGUUGCAUUCGCUGACACUUUUGUCAUCCCUCUUGUUCGCGCUCAGGUUGAGCGAGAUUUUUAUGGAGCUUCUCUCCCUCUUUGGUUCCAUUUUGGGAGCAUUAUCGUGGGUGAUAGUCAAGUGGAAGGAACAAAAAAAAAAAGAAAAAAAGAAAAAAAGAAAAAGGGGACAAUCGCCCUUCCGUAGGGAAGCCACAGUAUGUGUGUUCUCCUGUUUGGCUUUCCUCUGGGCCAACCUCCUCAGUGGAGUAACAUCACGGCGGUUUCCUUGGCCCUCCAAAUAUGUCGCCCUGCAGUGUGCCUCUCCAAGCUGGCCAGUCCGCUUUUCAAAAGGGGGGAGUUCGCCUGGGGCGCUCACAAAGUUGAGUUGUCAAAAAGGGGGCUUACAAAAGGGCCCGCGCAGAGGAGAAGUUGACAAAACGGCCACGGGAAAGAGACGGCUGAUGAAGCGACCGACGAAAUGGCCGACGAAGCGACCGACGAAACGGCUGAUGAAGCGACCGACGAAAUGGCCGACGAAGCGACCGACGAAACGGCUGACGAAGCGACCGACGAAGCGACCGACGAAGCGACCGACGAAGCGACCGUGGCAAAAGUGCCCUAGCGAGUUGCAACUCCGCACAGUCGCACGGGGGUUCGCGGCAAACAAAACAACCCCCCGUUGCGCGCCCACGGAAUGUUAAGUGCAUACAAAGGGGCAUACAUGUAACGCUUUAAAAUU